GCAGCUCCAGCACAGUCAUUUCCUUUUCCGCUGUAGUAGUGUGAACAAGGGUCGAGCAAGCAAUCGAUACAUCAGUACAAGAGCUGUGUGCUUUCAUUUUCGGGUUAAACUUACAUUUCGGUUCACCAUUCGACCUUUCGUCGGUUUGCUUGGAGGCAUCGGCUGAAAAGAGCAGAACGGAAUUUCACCUUUAGAAGAUAUGGAACAUUAUAUCGGCCCAAAAGCAUUGCUUUGGCAGAAGCUGGCAGUGAAAGUGAAAAGAGAUGUUAUAAUGGGAGACAUUCUACUAGGCGCCCUUCGGUGUGGGGCGACUUUCCUUCACAUUGAGUGUGGUUUGUAUACCUCCCGUGAGUUAACCGUUCUUUUGGACCGUUGUAACGCCAUCAUUCAAAGGUACGCGGAAGAGUGUUUGCCCUGGCCUGUUUCCAUCGGUAUCAUCUGUGAGCUGAGUGGUCCACGAGCGCGUGUACAAUUUGCUCCCGAUGGAAGCGACCUCGUGCAAGCAUUGGAACAGCAAAGAAUAACGCUUACCGGUGACGGAAGUUUCGAGAAUCAGUGCUUCGAUGAAGUGAAGUACGUGACCAACUUUGACCAGCUACAGCAGCGCUCGUGCGUUGGAGAUGUGCUCUCGAUCGGCCCGGUGAAACUCACGGUGGAACGGAUUGUACACGGUUACAUAACAUGCCGCGUAACGCGGGCCGGAUUCAUUGAGCGCUUCAGUGUGGUGAAAAUUGACCGUGAGGAAAAUUCUACAACCGAACAGCGGGACUUUGAAAUGUCCUCAACUCUGGAGGAAGCCGAGCGCGUUAUGGGAAAUGGAUGUAAAUUUAUAAUAGUGCCACAAAUGAGUGCUAAAUCAUUGCACUUGUUUGUAGGUUCCCUUAAGGCCCUGGAACAAAUUCAAGUUAUUGCCCACGCGUCCAACACGUAUGCUGAUCCGAAUAGCCACCAGUCUAUCGAUGCAUUCGUCACGAAAGAUGUGGUUCUCUUGCAACAAACGAAAUCCAUCGGAAAAGCUGUUCUGUGCAAUUUGAAAGAUGAGCAGAUAUCGGAAACGAUUGUACAGGCAGAUGUAAUCAUAGCAACCGCUGGUGAGCUCACAAGAAUACAGGACUACUUGAUACAUGCUAACGGCACCCAGCUAGAGGCGCAACUAUCGAACCGACUGCUCGAUCCGGACGAAGAAUCAAUGGCUACCUGUUUAAAUUGUUGCGCACAACAAUUUCGAACCAGUGCAAUCAUUCUUCCUUGGGGAAAGAAUAACAUAGAGCUAGCGCUUGAAUUGUAUUUAAAGAACCCCCUUUGCGUCGUGCUGAUUCUCCACCCAUCCGCUGCAGAUGUGAACCGAAUUUUGCUACGAAAGCACUUGGUCCCUAUCAUCGUCCCCAAACUAGCGGCAGUUACCAGUUCAACGCAAAAACGUAUUCAUCGUGCUAUUGCCUACGGACGGCGGUUCGGGUAUCUUCACGAUGGUAGCUGCAUUGUAGCAGGGCGCAUUGGACAUGUAGGGGGCUCCAGUGAACCAACGUUGGAAGUACGUUACGUGCCACUGGAAUGUGCCCAUAAAGAGCUCGAACAAGAGUCAGACUAACAUCGCAAGCGCUUACCUCGUUUAUUCCGCUUCGCAGUACGCUUUGAGUCAACAUCCGAAUCGGAAGAAAUUUCGUCCAAGGAAAUGUGUUCUACAAUGCAGAAAGAAACAGAAGCAGAACUAGUGAAUAAAUCUAUACCGUAAAGCUGGA